AGAUGUACCCAUAUUAUUCAGAGUCCAAGUCUUCCUCUGUCAAGCCCCAUUCUCGAUCUCUUUGUCCAGGCUGAUAGAAACCAUGGCUGAACUGAUCCUCGGGAGCAUCGUGGAUUCCAUCACCGAGCAUCUCGUUUCCCUCAUCGCCCAGGAGAUUGGGUUAGCAUGCGGUGUCAAACGCGAGCUCGAGAAACUCCAGGACACUGUCUCUGCUAUUGCUGCUCUGCUUCGUGAGGCUGAAAGGAGACGUAUCGAGUCUGAGGACGUGAAAGACUGGCUUCAGAAGCUGAAAGUUGUGGUUUACGAUGCUGACGAUCUGUUGGAUGACUUCUCCACUGAAGCCCUCCGUCGUCCGAGAGUGGUGGGAGAAGUUAAGCGAGUUCUGAAUGAGGUGCGUAUCUUUCUCUCCUCUUCUAAUCAGCUUGUUUAUGCCAGCACGAUGGCACAUCGAGUCAAGAAGAUUAGAGAGAGGAUCGAUGCCAUUAACAGUGAUAGGUCUGCUUAUAAGGCCGAGGUAGAUAAUGGUAAUACCCUUGGAAUUUUGGUGGAGAACCAACCUAGGUCGGAAACGGAUCCUUACAAGCAUGAACGAUAUGUGGUUGGAAGAGAUGAAGACAUAAAAGAAGUCAUCAAGUUUUUACUCAAUCCUGAUUUUGAGGAGAAUGUAUCUAUCCUACCUAUAGUGGGGAUUGGAGGCCUCGGGAAAACAACUUUAGCAAGACAGGUAUUCAACAAUGACAGCAUUAAGGAAUAUUUCUCUGUUAAGCUUUGGGUUUGUGUGUCCACAAAUUUCGAUGCGGAGGAGAUUGUGAGGAAGAUAGGUAGAGAAGAGCUCGAUGGGAAGAAGUUUUUACUUGUGUUAGAUGAUGUAUGGAACGACAAUCGCUCUAAAUGGUUGGACCUUGAAGGAUCUCUUAUGAAUGGUGCAAAAGGCAGUAAAAUACUAGUGACCACUCGCCAUCGUAGCGUGGUCAAAACUAUGACACCAACAACAUGUCAUGAGUUGAGGGGGGGCUUACCUGAGGAUCAGUCGCUCGAUUUGCUAAUGCGAAUGGCAGGGAAGCAAGAAUACGAGUGGAAAACUCAGAACUUAGAAGAGAUCGCAAAAGAAAUUCUGAAGAAGUGUGGUGGAGUUCCCCUUGCAAUAAGGACGAUUGGGCGACUGUUGGUAUCUUUGAGAAAUACGGAGGAAGACUGGUUGAGAUUCAAGAAUAAUGAAUUAUCGAGAAUAAAUCAGGAGGAAGGUGAUAUCGUACCAUCGCUAAAGCUAAGCUAUGAUUUUUUUGCCAUCACAUUUGAAGCAGUGCUUUGCUUACUGCUGCUUGUUUCCAAAGGAUUACGAGCUAGACACAUCAGAGCUCAUUCAUCUUUGGAUGGCACAGGGAUUUAUCAAACCCCUGGGCAAUAGGAAGACCCAGCUCGAAGAAGUCGGCCAUGAUUAUUUUAUGGAGCUGCUUUCGAGAUCCUUUUUCCAGGACAUAGAAGAAGAUCCUUUGUGGCAACAUUGUGAGAUGCAAAAUGCAUGAUUUGAUGCAUGACCUCGCAGAGUCGGUUGCAGGAGAUAAUUGCAUCACCAUUGAUAGCUCCCAUGAGAAAAAGUUACCACGAGGAGCUCGCCACGUAUCCACCAAUGAUCUGGAUGUGUUGAGAAAGACAGAAGAAUAAGGUCACUGCUUUUCACCAACAAGAUAAACCGCACUGAUAUUUAUUUGGAUGUUUCAUGUUUCAGAAACCUACGAGCGCUACGUAUUCGUAAUGCACGCAUAAACGAGAUAUCCGGUUCAAUCUGUAAACUGAAGCAUUUGAGGAGCCUCGAUCUAUCAUGGAAUCCUUUUCAGUAUCUUCCGAGCUCUAUAAGCGGGUUGUGCAAUCUAGAGACGCUUAAUCUUAGAGGUUGUUGUGAUCUAGAGAGAUUACCCAGAGGCCUGACGAAGUUGGUUAAUUUGAGGCAGCUUGAUGUGAGUGACUGUGGUGAGUUAACACAUAUGCCAAGGGGGAUUGGGAAGUUGACUAAUCUGCAAAUGCUAGGUGCAUUUGCGGUGGGGAAGGAUUCGAUUCGAGAUGCUGCUGCAGGGUUGAAUGAGUUGAGCAAACUUACUGGAUUGAGGAAAGAAUUAACUAUCCGAUGCUUGGAAAGAAUUGUUCCGAGCGGGCUGGGAGCUUCCUUCUCAAUUGAGAAGUUAGCUCUCCAAUCACUGACGCUGAGCUGGCACCUUUUACAAGCUACGGAGGCUGAUGCAGUAGAAGUUUUAGAAAGAUUUCGGCCCCAUCCAGAUCUAAAGAAAUUGUCAAUACAAGGAUACCAUGGUGUCCGGCCUUCAUCCUGGAUUUCUCAACUUCAUAAACUAGUCGAAAUUAGGUUUUUUGAUUGUGAGAAGUGCGUGCGUCUACCACCUCUAGACCAGCUGCCUUCACUCAAAGGAAUCCACUUAAGUUAUUUGAGUAAUUUUCAGUGGAUAAAAUUGUCGGAGAGUGAGAGUGGGACGCCGCAGUCUAAUUCCUUUCCAUCCUUGGAAGAAAUAUGGCUGGAGAGUUUGCCUAAAUUUAGGGGAUGGGAGAGGAGCAGGAGCAGCAGUAGAAUUGAACAAGAGGAAGAAGCUACUGAGGAGGAUGAUGAUGAUUCUUUAUUGAUGCUCCCCGUGUUCUCUGACAAGGUCAAGGUCACCAGAUUGCGAUGCCGAAGAUUCUCAUACAUGCAGGGUCAAGAGCUGCGUCUGACCUCAUCCAGAAUUAUAAAGCAGCUUUUGAGGAAUGUAAACAUACGCCAUGCUAUGCUUCAGCAUCGUCGUCGAGGAUGAUGGCCAGGUUGAUCUCCCCAUCUUCUAUAUCUCUCCUCGCACCGACCGGCCUCACGAUUUCUGAAGUGGAGGACUUAGAGCACUUACCGGAGUUGCUUCAGUCCCUCCCGUCUCUCCAGUCUCUUGCAAUCAUGGAUUGCCCUCUCUUGAAAGCUCCCCCUGUGUGGGCGAUCCUCCGAUGCCUAACUGCCCUCGAGUCGUUGGGGAUAUAUCGCUGUCGUGAUCUUGACUUAUCAACCGGGGAGUCAGGAUAUCAAGAAGACAUGCCUGAAGGACCAGCUUAUAAACUCCGAGAGUUGGAAUUCUUGCGGAUUGAUAAAAUGGAGACUCUCCCAUGGUGGAUUCAGCACCUCACCAACCUCGAAAGCUUAAAAAUCAGAUCUUGCUGGAAUCUGAAGGCUUUUCCCGAGUGGUUUCCACAGCUUACCUCACUCAAACGUCUUGAGAUUUCUAAUUCCGGGGAAAAGCUGAGAAGAAGGUGCAGAAGGGACAUCGGAGAGGACUGGCCUAAGAUUUCUCACAUCCCGGACAUAGAUGGGGGCAGGGGCUGGGCUCCAUAGGAAAUAUGAAGGGCCUUUUCCUCUCCUUCUACUUCCGGUGUUUGGCUAAAAAGCUCUUUACUGCUGAAUGAUCUGACUGAUGCGGUUUAGUACUUUUGUCAAGAGGAGGAAGUUUAAAUGUCUCAUUUAAUAACUUCGAUCAAUGAAGCUCGUCCUAAUUCCAAUCCGCUCCAGUUUCCUCAAAUUUAAACAGGACGUAUGUUACUUUCUGUAAGCUGUCGAGAUCAUUUUUAUCUGAAGCUCACAAAUCCAUCUUCUGAAGUCGAGUUUCUGGAAGAGGGACUGAUGAAUUACUGAUUUUGUUGUACCAACUUCCGAACUUCAGCAUAUGUGAAGAGAUGGAAAGGCUUUGUCACUUGUUAGGUGGCCGGAUGCAUGGAGAGAUGUUCUCGGGGACAAAUUGUGUAAUCUCCCAAGCUACGUUCUUUCCAUGCUUUCUGCACUUUAUUUCGCCGGCACUCAUUGUUCCUCGUCAAUGCAGCCGGUCUGAUGGCAAGGCACUAGCGCACCCAUCCCAUCAGUUGUCUCCUAACUGUAAUAUAUAUAUAUAUAUAUACUCAACAUGCCUUCAUGGAAUAUAUUAAUGGACGCUCAAUCAGAAUUUGAAAGACCUGAUAGACACUGCAUGGAGCCUGCAUUACGGGAUGGUUCAUAGAGGCUUGAACAGUGUCUUUUUGAACCUUAGAGAACCUGCUGUCAUGAUCUCUCUGAUUUUCACUGAAGCUCCACCUAAGGCAACCUAGCGAGCCAAAGAAACUAGCUGCCUGUCUCAUCCCAAGCUCGGUCAUCCGACAGGCUGGAUUAACAGAGCAGGGUCCUCCAUUAAUUAAUCUUUGAUAUGUGGGAGUGGGACAUUGCAGAUCAAGUUGGCUUGGCCGGCUUGGUGUGGGUCUUGUUCAGAUUAUGGUAUGCAAAGAUAGAAUCCGAAUUUGCAGAACUCUCGAUGCCAUCCAGAUGUGCAUCUAGCAGCUCAAUCAUCCUUCCCCUCAAAAGGGGACAACCGUUCCGAGUUGUCAGCAGAAGAACCACGAAUUCAUGUUCAGACCUUUCAAAGUUACUUCGACGGCAGCACCCAUUUGUCGCUCAUUCUUCCUUGUCGAUGGAUCUGGUCCUGAAGACACCAGCUGAGAUGCUGAAGCAGCUUUAUCUUAUUGGAGGCUAAGUUGAUCUGCUGUGGAGCUGAAUCCCUCUGUUUGUAUGUGCAGGCUAUUAGUUAAAAAUGUUUAUUAAUUUUUAAUUUUUCUCAACUUUUCCCAUUCCGUUUGUUGAUCAGCUCCUCAUAUCUUGUGAGAGCUGGUUAACUAUUUCUUGCCUUUUUUUUUAAUUAAAUCUCGUUUGCAAUUUCUAUGCGAUUGAUUUGUGUAAAAAUUGGACAGAAAUUCGACAAAUCAUCUUAUCUAUGUCUAUAUAUAUGAAAGCAAGAAUGAGGUGGGUCCAAUUAGAUGGCCUUAGAAUGCUC